UUGACAAUGCGUCAAAAUUUCGUUACCGGUGAACAAAAUGAUUUUGAAAUAGAAUUUAUUUUCGAUGGAGGACAAACUGUGCCACCCGUGCGAACAGCCCAAGAUUGACAAACUGCCGGGGUGUCCGCUGCAAUGCCGAUCGCCGAAAUGCAAAGCUUAUCAGAGGGCACCAAUCGACACAUCGAAGAAGCCCAUCGUGUGGGUGCUGGGCGGUCCCGGAUCUGGCAAGGGCACGCAAUGCGAGAAGAUCAUCGCCAAGUACGGGUUCACCCAUUUGUCCACCGGCGACCUGCUGCGGGCGGAGGUCAAAAGCGGCUCCGAGAGGGCCAAGUGCCUUACUGCUAUUAUGGAGCGGGGUGAGCUGGUCCCCAACGAGAUAGUGCUGGACCUACUGAAGGAGGCGAUGCUGGCGCGCGCCGAGGAGGCGAAAGGUUUCCUUAUCGACGGAUACCCGCGCGAGAAGUCGCAGGGCAUCGCCUUCGAGCAGGCCAUCGCUCCUGUUACUGUGAUAAUCUACUUCGAGGCGUCAUCAGAGACGCUCACGAAGCGCCUGCUGGGCCGCGCGGCGAGCUCGGGCCGCGCUGACGACAACGAAGACACCAUCAAACUGCGGCUGAAGACCUUCAUCGACAACAACGAGCUGGUGCUAGCGCAAUACCCUGAGAAACUGAGGAGGAUAAACGCGGAGCGCUCCGUGGACGAAAUCUUCGCGGACGUGCAGGCGAUCCUGGACCCCAUCGUGGCCUAAACAAUUGCAUGCACAAAUUAUUAUUUUUCUACACCGAUCUGUACAUAUUAUCCAUAAUUUAUACGCAAUGUUAUUACAGUUUAUUUUACGAGUUUUA